AUGGCUCCCCCUACUGACGAUACGCUACGCCUCCGUCACCAUCACGAUGGAGACCCGCCCAGUGUAUGUGUACCUGUUUCAGACAUGGAGGGCAACACACUCAACGAUACCAACACGACUCAAGACACACUCAGUGCUACCAACCAUCAGGACUGGACCCCUUACUGGAUGAGGCUUGAGACCUACCUCGUCCCGGCUGUGUUCGCCCUCAUCUUCAUCUUGGGAGUUGUCGGCAACGGAAUGCUCAUUGUAGUUUUCUUGCGCCACCGUAACAUGAGGAACGUUCCGAACAUUUACAUCUUCAGUCUCGCACUCGGAGAUCUCCUAGUCAUUGUUACAUGUGUGCCAUUCAUCUCCAUCAUUUACACAUUUGAGUCAUGGCCGUGGGGAGAGCGGAUCUGCGUAAUAUCCGAAACUACUAAAGACGUUUCUACAGGAGUGUCAGUUUUUACACUGACGGCUCUCAGCGUAGAGCGUUACUGCGCGAUUGUUAAGCCCAUGAGUCGUCACAUGUCUACCAAACCGUUGGCUAUUAUAACGUGCACUGCCAUCUGGGGGGUUUCGUUCGCGUUUGCCAUUCCUGCUAUGGUUUUCACACACUGCGCUAUGAUUUUCAUAAAAGAAAAUAAGUCGUGGAUUACGGUUUGCACCCCUUUUCCGUCUCCUGAACACGGUAAAGUAAUGGUUACCGUUCAGUUCCUCAUUUAUUACCUUAUUCCUAUUAUCGUCAUUGGGUUCUUCUACUCGUUGAUGGCUCACCAUUUGGUCUUGAGUAUGCGAUGUCUCCCAGGGGAAUGUGGCCAAGGCCAGUCAACUCAGAUACUUGCGCGGAAAAAAGUAGCAAUUAUGGUGUUAGCGUUUGUGAUAAUAUUCAUCAUCUGCUUCUUCCCCACUAGGUUUUUCUUGAUGUGGGUCUAUUACAAUCCAAAUUGGAAGGACGACUACAACAUGUUCUGGCAUGUUUUUAGGAUAUUUGGAUUUUGUUUGGCUUUUCUCAACUCUUGCGUUAAUCCGAUCGCUUUGUACUUUAUUAGUAAAGCGUUUAGAAAAUACUUCAAUUACUAUCUCGUAUGUUGUUCCCAUUCCAGACUGGAUGAAUCUGCUUUUGCUCCGACAAACAGUUCGAUAAGCCGUCGCCAGAACUCGGUGCUAUUAACAACUCUUAAAGAUAGCCUUGAGAAAACCUAGGUCUGUGUGGAUAACCUUCUAUCUGUACUUAAUAACAGUG